CAAGUGGGCUCCACCUGUUAGAUGGGCUACAAGUUGUCACUGCACCUCAUCAAACGACUUCCGCCAAAGAUUCCACAACAAGCAAUCGGGGCAACCAUCAAGCAUCACAUUUGCCAAAAAAAUGGGUCUAAUGUAAGUUCUAAUAGUCCAAAUACCCACCCUUGUGACUUUGGUGAAGUUAUUGGGAGGAUGCACCCCAGACUUGCAUUCUUGGAUGAUCAAUACACACAGCUGCAGCAGUUGCAAGAUGAGAGCAACCCAGAUUUUGUUUUUGAAGUGGUGUCUCUCUUCUUUGAUGAUUCUGAGAAGCUUCGUAAUGAUUUGAGCAGAGCUCUAUGAGGAAUUUUCUUCUCUCUCUUGUUGGAUAUUGAAAAGCUCACUUUUUCUAUGUUUUUCUUUUCUAGAAGAG